GGAGAGGAAGAAGUUCCUUCCCCUGGUGAAGAAGAAGCAGCAUCUUUGUGCCAUUCAGAAGAUCACUGAAGGGGAUGUUGAAGCACUCUUCCCUGGGGACGCGGCUAAGGGACUGAGACAAGAGAUGCGGCUCCUCCAUACUGAUGUUGCUGCUGCCGCCCCAGUAGCAGCAGCAGCCAAUGCGUUGUCGUUGCCUCAGCUUUUCACUCAGUAUGUUGCUGGCGAGUUGCAGAAUGGUGUGAUUGAUGCAGCUGCUCAAGCAAAUACUGCUGUGGAUGAUCCAGUCGCUGCUCAAAAUUCUUUUGCUUUUGCAGCACACAGAUUGCUCACUAAUCAUGACAUUCAGGGGAACAUGGCAAUGAGGCAUGCCAUGCAAGGAAUGGGUCCAAUGGGGACUGAGACGAGGGAUGGGCUGUCCAUCGACGCUCUCAGGAAGGGGAGGACUGUAACAGCAGCGGAUCCAGCAGUGGAACGCGCAAGKGGAUUUGGUGUUCUGGGCCCUCGCGAGUUGCAACAGCAGCAACCUACAACGCAGCAGGUCCAGCCUCCGCUGCAGCAUCAGCAGCAGGCCUGGCCUCCACAGCAGGCCCCUCUUCCUGCUGGAGGACCUCCUACCUUCAACCAUCAGGACCUGAGGCAUUUUAGGAAUAAGCUGUCUCCUGUUCCUGAUAGGACUGAUGAUACUCGCUCCCCCCUUGAGGUUGAGCUUGCUGCUGCUGCUGGUAGUGGUAGUGGAAGUACUGUGCGUCCUCGGCCUACAGUUGCAGGAGCUGCAAUGCCACCUCCAGUAGCAGCAGCGAUGCCUCCACCAGCUCAGGUUUCUGCAGUAUCCAAGAGAUCCUACAGCACCAGAGGGUCCUCCAGCUUGAAUCCUAUCAGUAUUCUUGAGAGUGACAGUGAGAGCUCUGGAUUCAGCUUGUGCAGCACAGGAAAGCUGGUGGACGUGAAGCCGGUGGUGGUGAAGUCUGAAUUCAAGCUUCCUAGUCCUAUGCCAAAGCGUUGCAACAAGGGCUUGGCUGUUGCAGCUACUCCAUCCUUUGCAAGGAAGAUCAGGCAGGAAUCUCUCAAGCAGUCUCUUGGUAACAACACCCCUUUUACAAUGAAAGCGCUGGAUCUACUGUACACGCAGCUUACUGCUGAGGACACUAGCACUGAGGCCAUGGCAUUGAAGAAGAGAGCGCAGGACAUGGAGAACCUGUGCCCUAAUGUUGAGCAGGCGACUGGUUCCUUGGUGAAGUUUGCCAAGCGCCAGCUGUUUGCAAAGCAGGGGAAGCAAGCUUGUCCUGCUCCUUCAAACACUGGUGGCUUGAAUUUGCUUGCAGUAGCAGCAAGCACUGGCUCAAAGCGCCCAGCAGUAGGCCGCGGCUUGGGCUUGGGCCUGGGUCUCAAGCGCGUUGCCAAGCGUCCAGCUUUGAGCCGCAAGAAGCCUGUUGUUGCUGCUGCAAAGAAGGCCUCGGCUGUUGCAAGCAAGAAGGCUAGUCCUGGUGGCUUGCCCAGCAGCCAGAGCUCAGGCGGAUUUGACUAUGGAGACAGUGAUUGAUUGAUUGCCACUGGCUCGUGUAGUCUUUCCUAUGGAUGCUGAAUACUGAAAGCAUCGAUUCAAAUACUGAGUGCAUCGAUUCCUCUAAUGGUGGUUCUUUUCCUCCUGUUUCUCCACCAUUAGGAUGUCCUCUUGCUGUCUCUUUUGUACAAACAGAGCAGCUUGCGCGUGCUGUUGUAAUCCCUGUGAUUGCUGUUGAUAGAACGCCAGGUACCUUGUUGAGGUAGUACUACUAUUGUAAUAGUAUAGAGACCCCCAUAUUAGUUUGU